GUUUGAUAAAAAAAAAUGAAGGGAAUGCAAAAUUUCAUGAGGCUUGCUGGGGAAAUGGAGGGGAAGAUCAACGAAAAGCUUUUGAGAAAAGGAGGAGAGGUAGAUGCUGAGGAAUUGAGGUUCAAGGACAAGUUAUGGACUGAGACCAAGAAGAUGUGGGUUGUUGCUGGUCCUGCUAUUUUCACCAGAUUCUCUACUUUCGGGAUAAAUGUAGUCAGUCAAGCAUUUAUUGGGCAUAUCGGCUCCACAGAACUAGCUGCAUACUCGCUUGUGUUCACAGUCCUUUUGAGGUUUUCCAAUGGGAUCCUGCUUGGCAUGGCUAGUGCGUUGGAAACUCUCUGCGGGCAAGCCUUUGGUGCAAAGCAAUAUCAUAUGCUUGGAGUAUAUCUCCAAAGAUCAUGGAUAGUUUUAAUAUUAUCAGCUGUGCUACUUCUUCCUCUAUUUUUCUUUACAUCUUCACUUUUGAAGGCUCUGGGCCAGGAGGAUUAUAUUGCGGAAGUAUCUGGAAAUAUCUCCCUGUGGUUAAUCCCUGUGAUGUUUUCCUUCAUUCCGUCCUUCACCUGCCAAAUGUUCCUGCAAGCGCAGAGCAAGAACAUGAUUAUUGCAUACUUGGCAGCACUUACAUUAGUAAUCCACGUCUUCCUUUCAUGGCUAUUAACUGUCAAAUACAAGUUUGGCAUCCCGGGAGCAAUGAUGUCGACAAUUUUGGCAUAUUGGAUACCAAAUAUUGGUCAGCUUAUGUUUGUUACCUGUGGAGGUUGCCGUGAGACAUGGAAAGGAUUCUCGACCUUAGCUUUCAAAGAUCUCUGGCCUGUCAUCAAGCUUUCUUUGUCAUCUGGUGUUAUGCUUUGCCUCGAGCUCUGGUACAACACAGUGCUGGUUCUUUUAACAGGAAACAUGAAAAAUGCGGAGGUUGCUAUCGACGCUCUUUCUAUCUGCCUCAACAUCAAUGGAUGGGAAAUGAUGAUAUCUCUCGGUUUCUUGGCUGCUGCAAGUGUUCGAGUGUCAAAUGAACUUGGGAGAGGGAGCUCAAAAGCUGCAAAGUUCUCGAUCGUGGUGACAGUUCUUACAUCAUUUUCAAUCGGCCUUCUACUGUUUUUGUUAUUCUUAUUCGCCAGAGGAAAUCUUGCUUACAUCUUUACUACAAGUCACGAGGUGGCCAGUGCUGUCGCAAAUCUUUCACCGCUACUGGCUUUCUCCAUACUUUUGAACAGUGUACAACCAGUGCUCUCCGGAGUUGCUGUUGGGGCUGGGUGGCAGAGCAUUGUAGCGUACAUUAAUAUAGCGUGCUACUACUUGGUCGGAAUUCCUAUUGGAGUUGUGCUUGGUUAUGUCAUGGAUAUGCAAGUCAAAGGUGUUUGGAUUGGGAUGUUGAUUGGGACAUUUAUUCAAACUGUUGUUCUACUUAUAGUCACCUACAGAACUGACUGGGAAAAACAGGUAAUUGUUGCCCAUAACCAGAUCAACAAGUGGUUUGUAGCUGAUUCUGAAGAAACAAGCACCCAAGUUGCAUGAAGUUGGCUGUCCUUGAUUUAUGUUGUAUAUUUUUUUUUUGACAAAGCAUCAAUCGGUGCCCAUAUUCUGAACUAGGUAAUCGUGAUUUUUGAAGGCCAAUUUUUGAUCUUCAGAAGUAAAAGAUGCUGAAGCUCCAAAGUUGUUUCCUGAGCCAUUGAUUCAGAUGCUCUGGUGUUCUAAUUAAUUGCUUGCAAUGAGAAGUUUUUCUUGUAAUCUA